AUGUCUAACACGGUCACCCUCGACGCGAUUGAGAUAGUCGUCUACGUUCUCCUAAUCCCUUUGAUCGUCAUUCUCGGCGUCCGCCAUGGCUCGACACACUCCCUAGGCUACAUUUAUCUCUGUGUAUUCGCAGUGCUUCGCAUCGUCGCCGAUGGCCUCGGAAUAGCAGACCGCAACUCUACCAACCCAAACACCAUCAUUGCGACAUCGGCAAUACACUCAGCUGGCCUUUCACCAUUGCUGCUUGUCCUGGCAGGCUUCGCGCAUGAGGCACACCACUACCUCGUCAAGGCGACAAGGUCGCACAAUGAGGCACAAGCUCUUUUGACUCGUCUGCGGGCAUUGCAGGGAGGAUUCCAUGCCCUGUCAGCGGGUGGCAUGGGUCUUGUGGUGUACGGAGCGAUCAAAUCGGAAAACUCAAACGAUCGCGACGACGCCGAAACUUGGGAAGACAUGCGCAAAGCCGGUACAAUCCUUAUGCUCUUGGGAGCCAUUGCCGAAGUCAUCUACGCUGCUUAUGUCUGGCUAUCUGUCAUCCGUACCAAAGAGUCCGUCAGUUAUCUACACUUGACAUCGAUGUCAUUCUGCACCUGCGUCGGAGGCUUGUUCGUCGGCAUCAGGGCCUUCUAUUCUGUGGUGUACACAUUCGACACAAACUCAGAUCUCAAUCCAGUGACGGGUGACUUUGGAUACAAAUUGGUCUUUAUCGUUCUGGUGCCAUUUUUGGCGGUGGCUUGGAUGAUUUCGGGGGCGUGGGUGACGAGGAACAUCAGGAAAGAGGUAUUGUACAAGUCGAUCCGGACGGAUCAAGGGGGAAAGCGCGGCAUUGAUGACGAUACUGACAUGCUUAUGAUGCCGCUUCCGCCCGCGACACAAUGGCGCCCCUGA